UUUUGAUUAUGUGUGUUACUUCUCUGGCGAAAUGUCGUUCCAUACAAAGUCGAUCGAGCGCAUCCUUAGUCCUGUUGCGCAACAGGUUUUGAAGCUUAUUUUACUGUUUGAAGAUGCUGGAUCAGGCACAGAAAUUCCUGAUCUUGAAUUUCGUGUCAAUGUCGUCAAAUUGGCGGUUGAUAACCUCAUAAAGGUUGGACAUCAAACUAUUGAGGCUAGCGAUGACCAGAUUCUGCAAAAAGACAUGCCACCGUCGCUAAAACGUGUGGAGGAUGCUUCAAUUUAUCUUCAGGAAGCAGUUUUACUAUUACAAAAGGAUCCAAGCUCUUCAGAAGCUCGAAGAAAGCUUAUUGAGGGAUCAAGAGGAAUUCUACAGGGGACGUCGUCUGUUCUGCUGACGUUUGAUAUGUCAGAAGUCCGGAAAAUCAUUGAACAUUGCAGAAGAGUGCUUAGUACGCUAGCCACAGCGGAACACGUAACUAGCCUAACUGGCUUAGCUGAUUUCGUGAAGCGUCUUACACCUUGUAUGGCUGAUAUGAUUAAAGAAGUUGAUAGCAGACAGGAGGAACUGACUAUUCAGUCUCAUUCUGCCUUACUACUUAGGGGCAUAGAACAAGUCAAGCGCUUAACACCUAUUUUGAUAUCAUCCUUGAAGCUGUGUGUAAAUACAAAUCAGAAUCAUUUACCUGGAGCGGCUGAAAGUCAAGCGAAUCGAGACUUCUUGUUAUCUGAAAUGUCUAGUGAAAUACAUGAAAUUAUACGUGGUUUACAACUCACACAGACAGACUCAUCAGAAUUAUUCGAUGAUGAUUUAGCCGUUAUGCACAUGAACAAGAUAGCUUUUGAUAGUCGUUUACAGUUUGUCAACGAUUGGAUAUCCGAUUCAAAUUGUUCUGCUGCAAUGACAGCUGGUGAGAAGGCACUUAAUCAAGUGUUAAAUUCUGCCAGGAACUUGGCCAAUUUAGACUCAACUAACACAAAUAGUAAAACAAUAAUGAAUUUAUGCGAUGAAUUAGACAAUUGUGCACAAUCACUGAUUCGUUUAAGAAGAAAUGGUCAGGCUGAUGGACCAGAAGCGAAUCGGAUUGCUAAUAUAUUGAGUACAAAAUUGAAUCAGUUGUCUAGAUUAUGCAAAGAUUUAUCAUUACACGAUGCAGGUAUUCAUCAUCGAGACCACCAUCAGCCACAGCAGCAGCAGCAGCAACAGUCGCAUCAACAACACUCAUAUAAUCCAUUGUUUCGAUUGGCUAGAACAUUAGAAGGCAAAUUAGUACAAGCUCAACGUUGGCUUGCUGAUCCACGUGGUCCAUUACGUCAUGUCGGCUUAGAAGCGUGUCGUUCAUUGGUACAAGGUGCAAGAGGUAUUAUACUAUCAUGUAAUAAAGAUGAUGGUAAUCUUAAUUCUAUUGGUGAUAAAAUGAAUGGUGAUAAUGGUGGAGUGGAAGACACAGAUGUGAAUGAUGCAUGUUUAGAAGCUUGUGAACAUGUUGAAAGAGCUGCUGAUCGGUUGUUCAAAAUGUCCACUCAACCUAUAACUUCAGAGACUGGAAAUGCUCAACAAGAUUUAGCAUUGGCAAUUAGUCGUAGUUUAGCGCAUGUUUGGCAAACAUUAGUGAAAAUAUUAACUAGUCAAGUUGCUGAAGCCUAUACUGAUCUUGUUGGACCUUUACGCCAAUUAGUUGAGUCAGUGUCACCAUCUUCUGGCAAUCAACCAGAUCAAAAUGAGUAUAAUGAGAGAAUGAAAGAUUUUCUAGUAAGUAUACUCUUCAUAUGUCUAUUUCACUUUUGA